AUGGUUUUUGGUGCAGCACAAUCCUCUUCUCCCUUCCCUUCCACUAUGGCUUCAUCUUCACCUGCCUUUGGUAGUUCAGUGCCUGUUUUUGGGUCAUCUUCAACUCCGACGACAUUCGGUAGUCCAUCAUCAUUUGGUGGAUCAUCCCUAUUCGGUCAGAAGCCUGCUUUUGGAGGUUUUGUCUCUACUCAUACUCAAACAAGUCCAUUUGGAGGUGCCACUCAACCAUCACAACAAACAUUUGGAAGUAGCAUAUCCGGUUCCUCAACACCUUUUGGCACAUCAUCUCAGCCAGCAUUUGGCUCAAUUGGCACACCUGCAUUUGGUGCUACGAGUAUUCCAGCAUUUGCUGCAAUGAGCACCCCCGCUUUUGGUGGAACUAGCACCCUUACAUUUGGUUCAACCUCCAGCCCAACUUUUGGCAACACAGGGAGUGUAUUUGGUGUGUCAAGUGCUCCUGCGUUCGAUGGUGGGGUAGCAUUUGGUUCAAUUUCAAGCCCAACUUUUGGCAACAUAGGGAGUGCAUUUGGUGUGUCAAGUGCUCAUGCGUUUGGCGGUGGGGUAGCAUUUGGGGCUUCAAGUAAUCCUAUGUUUGGUUCACUUAGUAUGUCUGCAUUUGGCUCUUCAAGUACUCCAUUUGGGGCCUCUAGUAAUCCUGCUUGUGGUGCUUCUAGUACCCCUGCUUUUAGUUUUGGCUCCACUCAGGCUUUUGGUCAGUCUAAUUCUGCAGUUGGUAGUAAAAGCCCAAUUGGGAGGACAACCUCACCCUUUGGAGUUCAGAGUUCUGCAUUUGGAUCUCAUACUCCAACUUCGACUUUUGGAAGUCAACGGGGUGGAAGUAAAGUAGCUCGUUACUCAUCAAGAUCUGUAGCAAAUAGUGGUACCUCAGGAAAAGCUGCAAAAAUUGAGUCCAUAUCAGCCAUGUCUGUUUACAAAGAUAAAAGCCACGAGGAGCUAAGAUGGGAGGACUAUCAGUUAGGACAAGAUAAAUUCUAUGUGUAUCCGGUGGAGACCAUUUUGGAUAGGGAGAAUUUUACUUUGGAGGAUCUACUUGAUGAGGAUGAAAUUAUUCAAGAAUGCAAAGCUCUUCACAGCCGCCUUAUAAAUUUUUUAUCUGGAAGAGCACAGGUUGAACAAUUGAUACGAUACAUUGUUGAAGAAGCUACCGAGGAUACUGAAAAGAAACAAACUUUCAAGUUUCCUUUUAUUGCUUGUGAGAUAUUUACGUGUGAGGUUGAUAUCAUUCUCAAAACUCUUGCAGAAGAUGAAGAAUUGAUGAAUUUGUUGUUCUCCUUUUUGGAGUCAAAUCACUCCCAUAGUAACCUACUAGCUGGAUAUUUUAGCAAGGUAGUUGUAUGCCUGUUGCUACGCAAGACAGUUCCUUUCAUGCAAUAUGUUCAAGCUCACCAAGAUAUUGUGAAGAAACUAGUUGAGUUGAUUGACAUUACACCUGUCAUGGAGGUUUUGAUACGCUUGAUUGGUGUGGAUGAGCAUGUGUAUUUAAAUCAUGCGGAUGCAAUGCAGUGGAUUGAAGACACUGAUGUGCUUGAAAUGAUUGUGGACAAGUUCAUCUCUUCUAAUUCUCCAGGAGUGCAUGCUAAUGCAGCAGAAACACUUUGUGCCAUUACCCGAUUUGCUCCAGCAGGGCUUACUGCCAAAAUAUCUAGCCCAAGCUUUAUAGAAAGAUUAUUCCGACAUGCUCUGGAAGACUCUCGGCCAAAAUCUGUUCUUGAUAACUCUUUGUCUCUAUGCAUAUCUUUGCUAGACCCUAAGCGAUUUGCAUUUGGAGCUUAUCAUACAUAUAACCGCCAAAUAACUAACGGAUCUACUGUAACUGCAAAUCCUGAGAUUGUUGAAGGCAUGCUAGAAGGCCUAGGUGAUCUGCUCAAGCUUCUAGAUUUUUCUUCUGCUGAAAAUCCCUUGCUAACUACUUUUGGCAAGUUACAACCACCGCUUGGAAGACACCGUUUAAAGGUAAACAGACUAUUGGAUUUAAUAUCAGUCUUAAUAACUGUCAGUAGUGAGGCCAAUGAGAAGAAAUUGAUUGAUCUUGGAGCAGUAAAAAGAAUAAUAUACUUGUUCUUUGAGUACCCAUACAACAACUUUCUGCAUCACCAUGUAGAAAAUAUUAUAAUAUCAUGCUUAGAGAGAAAUAGUUCUUCUCUUUGGGAACAUAUUCUCCGUGAUUGUGAUUUAGUAGGGAAAAUUAUCCAAGCAGAAAAGUGUGUUACACUGGAUGCGGAUACAAACAAGCCAACAAUACCUGCUGAGGGUAAAUCGUCGCCCAGGAUAGGAAGCAUUGGACACUUAACCCGUGUAUCUAACAAACUUAUCCAGUUAGGAAAUAGCAACGGUGUGAUUCAGGAACAUUUGCAGGGAAAUAGUGAAUGGACAGAUUGGUACAUAAAUGUUCUAUCAAGCCGAAAUGCUGUGGAAAAUGUCUAUCAAUGGGCGUGUGGGAGACCAACAGCAUUGCAGGAAAGCUCAAAAAGAAAAGUACCUUUAUCUUCCAACUGA